AUGAGCCGAAAAGUAUUUCAAAAGGCGUCCCCAUCUGGCCCUCGACCUAUUGACAUCGUGAGAGAAGCUCUGCGACUGCUCCCACGAAGCGGUCGUGUCCACCGCGACUUCGAUGGUCAGUUGGUGUGCGCCGACAUCGAAGCUUGCCGCCGCUCCAAGCUGCUCGGGGGCGAUGAUCUACUUGUACAACUUCUCUCCCUGCUCCGGGCAGAUUUCCAGCCAGCGUUCAGGGCGGAACACAAGACAGACUCUACCACAGCGCCGAAGUCGAAGAACGAUACUCUGAAGCAGAGCGAGACUGCGCUUGAAUUCGUGCCUUUCGCUACGUACUGCACUGUUGACAAAUCGCAAACAAGGGCUUUCGCUGUGCAGAUGAUCGUGCUGCUUGUAGCGGUUCUCUGCAAAGGUUUGGGUGAUGAGUGGAAGCUGGCAGAUGCAAACAGCUUGCCUGAUCAUCGUAUUUCUCUGGAAUCAGAUCGCGAAGCGUACGAGGACUUGUGUUUGAUAAAGGGCUAA